AUGCUUUCAGUCGAGGAGGCAGGCGGGGAACAGAUGCGACGUCAUUUCCGUCUGCGGGCCCUUCCCGGCCGCCAUCUUGGUGCGGUGUGGGGGGAAGCGGGGGGCCCGUGGGCCGCGGGGCCGCUCGAUGGGAAGAUGCAGCGCGCGGGGCCGGGCGGGGCGGGGCCUGGCGCCGUGCUGGGGGCGGGGCCGGGGCGCGCGCUGCUGAGGCGGGAGCUGCGGCUGCUCGAGUCCAUCUUCCACCGCGGGCACGAGCGCUUCCGCAUCGCCCGCGCCUGCCCGGACGAGCUGGGCUGCGAGUUCCUGCCCGGCCCGGCCGGCGGCGGGCCCGUCCGUAUCCAUGGCAACAUCACGGAGUCUUAUCCGGCUGUUCCUCCAAUAUGGUCUGUGGAAUCGGACGAUCCCAACUUAGCGGCGAUCCUAGAGAGGCUGGCCGACGUGAAAAAAGGAAACACACUGCUCUUGCAACACCUGAAGCGGAUCAUUUCCGACCUCUGCAAGCUCUACAACCUCCCGCAGCAUCCGGACGUGGAGAUGCUAGACCAGCCUCUGCCCGCUGAGCAGAGCACCCAGGAAGAGGUAUCCUCUGAAGAAGAAGAUGAGGAGAUGCCAGAGGACACGGAGGAGCUGGAUCACUACGAGAUGAAGGAGGAGGAGCCGGCAGAAGGGAAGAAGGCGGAGGACGACGGCAUCGGCAAGGAGAACCUGGCCAUCCUUGAGAAAAUCAAAAAGAACCAGAGGCAAGAUUACUUAAAUGGGGCAGUGUCUGGGUCCGUGCAGGCCACCGACCGGCUAAUGAAGGAGCUCAGGGAUAUUUACCGAUCGGCAAGUUUCAAAGGCGGAAACUAUGCAGUUGAACUAGUGAAUGACAGCUUGUACGACUGGAAUGUCAAACUCCUGAAGGUGGACGAGGACAGUGCUUUGCACAGCGACCUGCAGAUCCUCAAGGAAAAAGAGGGGACGGACUUCAUUCUCCUGAACUUCACCUUUAAGGAUAACUUUCCCUUCGACCCGCCCUUCGUAAGAGUCGUGUCUCCCGUGCUCUCGGGUGGGUAUGUCCUGGGCGGAGGAGCCAUCUGCAUGGAGCUUCUGACGAAGCAGGGCUGGAGCAGCGCCUAUUCCGUGGAAUCUGUGAUCAUGCAGAUCAGCGCCACGCUGGUGAAAGGCAAAGCCAGGGUCCAGUUUGGAGCCAACAAAAACCAGUACAGCCUGACGAGAGCGCAACAGUCGUACAAGUCCCUGGUCCAGAUCCACGAGAAGAACGGCUGGUACACGCCCCCCAAGGAAGACGGGUAGCGCUGGGCGGGGGCCGCCUGGACCAAUCCAACCUCCCCGCUGAAUGCUGUGCUCGGCUCGUCCAAGACGCCUCCUCUCCCUCCCAGGACAGGACCGCACCGCCCAUUUAGCGAGACAAAAAAAAAAAGUUGAGCGGCUCUUUAACAAACUUUUUAACGGGAACCGGAACUGUUGCGAGCGGCCGGGCCGCGGGGCUCCGCGGCUCGCCCUGGACACACGCUAAAGCAGGCAACUGGCAGUCACUCUCGAUUAAAAACAAAACCACACCCCAACCCACACGACACACACAAAAAGACUCGAUUCUCUUGUUAACGCGGGCAGCUUCCGGCUCUGCUGCGGCUCGGGGCACCUCCGCCCUUCUCCCUCUGCUACGGAUUUAAUUUAUUUUCUUAUUUUUAUGUA